GUAGUGAAUUGAUUCACGCCUGAAAAGGAUCGAAUUGGACCGACCACUACUGAGCAAGGUUCACCAUUUCGUUUUUACUGUUCCAAAUUUUGUUUUUUGACCAAACUUUGACUUUCAUAUUUUUAAAUUUGAAACCGAAAUCACCCACUUUCCGGACCGAAAUUCGCUUCCCGGUGAGUAACGAAAACGGGAAAAAGUACCGAAAUUUCGGUCUUUCCGACCGAAACGGUGAACCCUGCUACUGAGUACUGACCAGUGGUGGAUAGUGGAGACGACGACUGAGCUGAGACUUGGUCACAUCCGCGGACUUAUCGUGCACGGGCAAUCAGCAACACUUGAAAACAUCGGUGCUCCAGGCCUCCAUGACACAGCCCGUGACCGCACUCCAUGAUCUCAACUCUUCUCCCAGCAUCCGGCAACACGAAAGACAUGACUGCGCUCCUGCAGUCACUUCGUCUUCUCCACGCUCUGGCCUUCUUGCUACGGCUCUCAACUGCUAGUGCGACGUCCCGCGCACCAGAACCGCCCGAGCAACCAGCAGGCUGCUCGCCCUCGCCCAAGGCGUGCGGGGGGCUGAACGUCUCCUACCCGUUCUGGGUGGAGCCCGGCCGGCCGCCGUGCGGGUCGCCGCCCUUCCAGCUCAAGUGCAACGCCAGCGGCGCCUUCCUCAGCCACUCCAUGUUCCAGGCGUACCGGGUGGUUGCCAUCUUCGCCCGGAACAGCUCCGUCGACGUCGUCGACGAGAACCUGCCCCUCGCCGCCGGCUGCCCGGCGCCGUGCUUCAACAUCUCGCUCGCCAUGGUGGGGAUGGGGGUGUUCGCCAUCAGCGAGGCCAACAGCGAGCUCCGGUUCCUCUCCCGAUGCAGCGAGCCCGUGCCGGAGGCUCUGCCCGGGUUCCGGCGCCUGCCUUGCGACAACGAGUCGUUCGUCGGGUUCGGAGGGCGGUGGAGCAGCAGCAGAUUUCACCGGGCGAUACCACAGGACUGCCUCGUCUCCGUCGUGCCCGCUCUUCCGGCUCCGGCGCCUCCAGAUGGGCACGGGCACGACUACAUCGCGAGCAUGAGGAGUGGAUUUCUCCUGGAGUGGACGGUGGUCUCGGGGGAUUGCUCCAAAUGCAUUGCGAGCGGCGGGGAGUGCAUGUACCCUGACAACGGCCUGGGUUUCUCCUGCAACUGCCCCGACGGCAUCCACUACCCCAUGACCUGCGGUAGCAGCAAGAGGACUGGCAGAAAGGCAAUACCGAUAGUGUUGAUGGCAGUAGGUACAAGCUUGCUCCUUCCAUGUAUCUGUGUGCUGAUAUGGUAUAUAAAGAGGCAAAAACUAUGUUUGCUUUUUUCCAAAAAGAGUAACAGAAAAAAUGAAAGGACCAUUGAAGCACUAAUAUCAUCGCAUGGAUCACUAGCUCCAAAAAGGUACAAGUACUCAGAAGCAAUGAAGAUAACAUCUUCGGUGAAUAAUAAGCUUGGAGAAGGUGGUUAUGGUGCGGUUUUCAAAGGAAGGCUACAUGAUGGCCGUCAAGUCGCUGUGAAAUUCUUGCAUGACUCCAAAGCAAAAGGGGAGGAGUUUGUCAACGAGGUUAUGAGCAUUGGCAGGACCUCGCAUGUUAAUAUUGUUAGCCUAUAUGGGUUUUGUUUGGAGGGGUCAAAACGAGCUCUUAUAUACGAGUACAUGUCCAAUGGUUCUUUAGAUAAGUACAUUUACUCAAAGAAUCCCAAAGAGAUUUUAGGAUGGGAAAGGCUCUAUGCAAUAGCAGUUGGAAUUGCCCGCGGAUUAGAAUAUUUGCACCACAGUUGUAAUACACGCAUUGUCCAUUUUGACAUCAAACCUCAAAACAUCCUUCUUGAUCACAAUUUUUGCCCCAAGAUUGCUGAUUUUGGUCUAGCUAAAUUAUGCUGUACCAAGGAGAGCAAGCUUUCAGUGACUGGUGCUAGAGGAACAAUCAGAUUCAUAGCUCCUGAAGUGCACACACGAACAUUUGGAGUGGUUUCGACAAAAUCUGAUGUUUAUAGCUAUGGGAUGUUAUUGCUAGAGAUGGUUGGAGGCAGGAAAAAUGUGAAAACAGCUGUAGAAAAGUCAAGUCAAAAUUAUUUUCCAGAUUGGAUUUAUGAUCAAUUUGGUCAAGAGGACGGAUUACAAGCUUGUGGAGUUACACAGGAAGUAGAGGAAAUUGCAAAAAAGAUGAGUUUGAUUGGCUUGUGGUGCAUACAGAUACUACCUAUGCAUCGCCCUACAAUAACCAAAGUUUUAGAAAUGUUUGAAAGAGGCUUAGACGAAUUGGAGAUGCCAUCAAAGCAAAACUUCAGUCAAGUAUUCGAAGGUCCAGCUUAUAAUUUGGAGGUAGAAAGUGCAAGUUCCAGCUGUCCUACGGAAACACAAGCUUAUAGUGACAACUGAACUGACAUACUAAAGAUCAAGGAGAUAAGCCUUGUGAUUUCAGAAAUCCGACAAUGGUUGUCACCCACUCUAUGAGACGGCCACCUAUUCUAGAAGUAAUAACAUCUUUAGGCAUUUCAUUGAAAGUGGAAACCUGUUCUGACAGUAUCAUUGUGAAUAGCUUAUUGUUUAUAGUGACGGGGUUCAAAUCUGAAGGUACUGGAUGGUUAUUGACUUAUUGUUAUCAUAAGGUCACUAGCCUACUGUAUUAUCUUGCAUUGGAGAUCAGACAUAUUAACAAGCUUCGUCUGAGCUUAUAACA